AUGAGUACCGAAAAGGGUCACUUAGAUCUCAACCACGUCACAAGUAUUGGAAGUCAUUUACAAACAGAAGAUCAUGAUAUUAAUUUAAAUGCUGUUUUAUCAAAUCCUCAAAGUAUUGGAGAAAUUGGAACCACUUUAACUAAUGCACAGAAAGAUUAUGUUUUAAAAAGAUUACAUUUUGAUGCUUUAGAAUCUUUUCAAGAUUUACCACCUGAAUGUACUUUUAUUUUUGAAAAAAUUGAACAAAUGUCAACUGAAGAAGGACUUACAAUUUUAAAAGAAGCAUAUGAACAACAUAAAGUUGACGUUAAUGUACCAGAUCAUGAUUUAGAGUUAUGGAAGGACUUAAUUGAUUAUAAUUCAAGAGGUGUUACUCAUUAUGAAGAGAAACAACAAAAUUCAGAUAGUUCAGUUGAUUUAAAAGGACAUCCAGUAAAAAUUUCUACACUUUCUGAUUCAAGUGAAGAUAUUGAUUCAAAAAAUGAUCCUUCUACCGGUAAAGUUGAGAUAGUUGAUUGGAGUUUACAAGUCAGAUUAGAAGCUGUUUUACUUGCUUAUUGGUCACCUUAUCCAGAAGUUAGAGCUGUUACAUUUCCAUUUGAUGAUCCUACAAUUCCUGUUGAAACUUUAAGAGUUUAUAUUAUUGGUAUAAUUUGGACUGCCAUUGCUGCUGUUAUUAAUCAAUUUUUUACUGAAAGACAACCAAGUAUUGGUCUUUCUACUUCAGUUAUUCAACUUUUUUCUUAUCCAAGUGGAAAAUUAUUAGAAUGGAUUUUACCUAGCUGGAACAUCAAACUUGGUAAAUUUUCUUUUAAUCUUAAUCCUGGUCCUUACACCUAUAAAGAACAAGUUUUAGUUACUAUAUUUUGUGCUGUCAGUGGAGGUACAUCAUAUGUGUCAUCAAAUAUUCUUAUGCAAAAAUCAGAAUUGUUUUACAAUAAUCAAUGGGUUGAUUUUGGUUAUCAAGUUUUACUUAUUUUAUCCACAAACUUUUUGGGUAUUGGAUUAGCUGGUAUCUUAAGAAAAAUUGCUGUUUAUCCAGUAGAAGCUAUGUGGCCAACUCUAUUACCUACUUUAGCUUUGAAUAAAGCAUUAUUAGUCCCAGAAAAGAAAGAAAAUAUCAAUGGUUGGAAAAUUUCAGGUUAUAAUUUCUUUUUCAUUUGUUUCUGUGGAAUGUUUUUAUAUUUUUGGAUUCCUGAUUAUUUAUUUCAAGCAUUAUCAACUUUCAAUUGGUUAAGUUGGAUUGCACCAAACAACUUGAAUCUUGCUGUUAUUACUGGAUCAGUUGGUGGUUUAGGUUUAAAUCCAAUUCCUUCAUUUGAUUGGAAUAUUUUGGAUAGUAAUUCAGCUUUAAUUUUACCAUUUUAUAAUCAAACUAAUAUGAUUUUUGGUAUGUUUAUUGCAUUUUUUACAAUAUUGGGAGUUUGGUAUUCUAACUUUAAAUGGACUGGAUAUUUACCAAUUAAUAAUAAUGGACUUUUCACUAAUACAGGUAAACCUUACCGUGUUACUGCCGUGGUCAAUGAAAACAGUUUAUUUGACAAUGAAAAAUAUCAAGAAAUUGGACCUCCAUUUUAUACUGCUGCUAAUUUAGUUGUUUAUGGUGCUUUUUUUGCCCUUUAUCCUUUCCAUUUUGUUUACGAAUUUCUUAUGCAAUAUAGACAAAUGAAAGUUGCAAUGGUUCAAUUAUGGAGAACAGUUAAAAAUUAUAAACUUUCAACUUAUGAUGGUUUCAAGGAUCCUCACAGUACAAUGAUGAGAGCUUAUAAAGAAGUUCCAGAAUGGGUUUAUCUAAUUGUUUUAAUCCUUUCAUUAGUUUUAGCUAUUAUUUGUGUUAAAAUAUAUCCAGCUCAAACACCAGUAUGGGGUAUAUUUUUUGCUUUAGGUAUUAAUUUUGUUUUCCUUAUUCCGUUAACUACAAUUGCUGCCAGAACUGGUUUUUCCUUUGGUUUAAAUGUUUUGGUUGAGUUAAUAGUUGGUUAUGCUAUUCCAGGAAAUGGUUUAGCUUUAGCAUUUAUAAAAGCAUUUGGUUAUAAUAUUGAUGGUCAAGCUCAAAAUUGGGUUGGUGAUUUGAAAUUAGGUCAUUAUGCUAAGAUUCCUCCUAGAGCUAUGUUUAGAUCACAAGUACUUUCUAUAUUUAUUGCUUCAUUCAUACAACUAGGUAUAUUGAAUUUUCAAAUCACAGGUAUUAAAGAUUAUUGUGAUCCUUUAAAUACUCAAAAGUUUACUUGUCCUGGUACUAGAACAUUUUAUUCAGCUUCUGUAUUAUGGGGUGUUAUUGGACCUAAAAAAGUUUUUGAUCAUUUAUAUCCACUUUUAAGAUGGUGUUUCUUGAUUGGAUUUUUAUUAGCUUUCCCAUGUGCUGCUAUUAAGAAAUUUGGACCAAAGAAAUACUUCAAAACUUUUGAACCAUCAAUUAUUAUCGGUGGUUUCUUACAAUAUGCUCCUUAUAACAUUAUAAUUUUCUUUGCAGUACAAUAUCACGAUAAAUCAAUUGACUGGUGGGGAAAUGAUGUCUCUUAUGCUGGUAUGGAUUAUGAACUGUUUGUCGUUGGUCGUCUUAAUGCUACUUUAGACGCUCCAGAUGGUUAUUUUGGACCAAGAAAAGGACAUUUCCCAUGA